AUGGGUCGUACUGGGGAAUCCUCCGCCGACUCACCGAAUAACUCGGUUAGUCGAAGUCGACGAGGUUCACAGCUAUCCCUCGAUAGUUCUACUCUCCUUGAACGUCAAGCCUUUGAUACCGCUGCUCGGAGAUCGAGGUCGCGGCGAUUCUCUCUCACAAGCGGCUCCACGUCGGGACGGAUGUCGGGCGGGAUAACCCGCCAGAAGGGCACACAACCUGACGGCCGGCCAGAGGAACGUCGUGGUUUAGCCCACAGGCUUCACGUAUUCCCAUUUCGCCCGCAUUCCUCAAAUGCAUCACGGAGCUCUUCGACCAACACUUCAUCAAGCUCAUUACUCUCCUUAGCAGAUCAUGCUGGUCUGGAACCUGCUACGACCGACUAUACGAGCUCGUACUUUGGGACAUCCCCAUCACAACAUUCGAUGGUUCCAAAAGCUCCCGACAUAUCUAAUCCCCCCCUUAGCCCUCUAACGGAACAUCCUACUCUUUCGCACCGAGCUGGACACUCUGUGAAUGACCUACCGAUAUAUCCAGACCAAUCUUACGCCGUUCUUCAAUCACAGGUCCACCCCACCCGCAUUCAACCCCACCUCCGCUCCCGCAGCUCCUACCCAUCACCCUACCCUUCAUCGUCUUCCGGUCCAUCAUGGUCUACUAGUGACGCUGGUUCUCGCGGCCAAGGCUGGCGCACAACUGGUCACACACCGAUAUCGAGUCCUGGCCUUUUCUCUUCUCGUCCCGCUCAUCCAUCCCCACCAAAAUCUGCAGAAGGCCGUUUUUCGUUUUCAUACCUCCAUCCUACUCAUCUUCAAGAACCCAAAGAAACGCACACAGUUGAGGUCGAUCGCGACAUGCUCACUGGCAACAAGCUAAUUAACGAGUACGAAAUCCUCGAUGAACUGGGCCGAGGUGAGCACGGGAAGGUGAAACUUGGUCGCCAUAUGAGGACUGGAAAGAAAGUGGCCAUUAAAAUUGUCCAAAGAUACUCGAAACGCCGCCGAUUGGGUAAACUGGGCAAUCCCGAAGAUAAAGUUAAGAAGGAGGUUGCCAUCCUUAAGAAGGCCAGACAUGAGAAUGUUGUCAGUCUGCUUGAAGUGAUUGACGACCCAAAUCAACAGAAGGUUUAUAUCGUAUUAGAGUUUGUGGAGAAUGGUGAGAUCGUCUGGCGUAAGAAAGGGCUUCGGGACAUUGUGGCCACAGAUAAAUACAGGCUCGAUCACGAGAAACAAGGAAUUCCCGAGUCUCCAUUUUUCAUGGAGGAGAUCCAGAGGCAAUACGAAAUAAGGCGGCAGAAAGAAAUAUCUCGUCAGAAGCGGCGAUCAAUAGUAUCGCAGUUCUCGGGAGUUCCCGCCUGGAGUUUGGAACACGGCGGAGUUUCGGACGACGAAAUGGACCCAGAAGCCCCACCUGCCGUUCAUGACAGCUCCAGAAUGCACGAGGUAACGAGCAAGUCCUUAUCCUCUGCGGAUGAGCUGGAUAGUAAGUUAAGCGACACGGCUCUGGCUGCUGUAGAAGGAACGCAGUAUGGGCCAUACGCCCCCGAUCUUCCACUCGAACGUCGUCAAAGUACCGUCUCAAGUCUAUUUACCUCUCAUUCUUCAGAACCAGAACCUUUGUCUGAUGACGAUGAGAUGUAUGUCCCAUGUUUGACACUCUCCGAGGCCCGUCGUGCAUUCCGAGACUCUGUUCUUGGACUCGAGUAUCUUCACUAUCAAGGUAUCAUACAUCGCGAUAUCAAACCAGCAAAUCUGCUUGUUACAAGAGAUCGCCGGGUCAAAAUAUCCGAUUUCGGGGUAUCCUAUCUCGGACGGCCCAUCCGCGACGACGAUGAGGAGCGAGUUACGGAGACAGACGCCACAGAACUCGAUGAUGCCAGAGAACUCUCAAAAACCGUUGGAACCCCAGCUUUUUAUGCGCCGGAACUCUGCUAUACUGGAUCUGAGUUUGAGACCCAAAUUGGCAAUGUCCCGAAGAUCACUGGCGCCAUCGACGUUUGGUCAUUAGGCGUUACGUUAUAUGGCAUGAUUUUUGGGAGGCUACCAUUUGUUUGCGAUGACGAGUAUAAACUGUUUCACAAUAUCGUGAAAAACGAAGUUUUCAUUCCACGCAGACGUUUAAAAGCAGUGGAAGUGGACCCAUCGUCCAGCCAGGCAACGAACCCUCAGCUUGUGAUGAACAGUAACAAACGAACUGACGAUGAACUUGCCUACGAAAGUAUCGAUGACGAGUUAUGUGAUCUUUUGAGACGUCUACUCAUGAAAGAUCCAGCCAAACGGAUAACUUUGAAGGAGAUUAAGCACCACCCUUGGGUGCUUCGUGAUAUCUCUGACAAACAGAAGUGGAUCGAAACGACGGAUCCGGGCUACCAGAGCAAGGGUAAGAGGAUCGAGGUCUCGAAAGAAGAAGUCACUCAGGCGGUCACGAAAAUGCCUUUUAUCGAACGAGUUCGGUCGAACGUGGCAAAAUGGGGCGGUUCCAUUUUUGGGCGAGGGAAAGAUGGCCGGAGACGAGCGCCUGUUUUAGCUACUUCAGCUACUUCCGCGUCGAUAUUAACUUCAUCUUCGAGCAAUAUCGCUUCUUACAAAACCCAUGACAAUGAAGACCUUAAAAAAAAGGGGCUAUUCAGCGAUGAUACGAGUCAGUGGUCACCAUUCCGGAUCACCAAAGAUGGCGAUCACGCUCCUUCACAUAGCAUUCUUCCGAAACCCCUUUCAUCCGAAGACCAUGGUUUUUCCAGAAGGGGCAGCACUGCCAGUUCGUCAUCAUAUCGGAAAGACCAGUUCCCUGAUGCAGGACGCCGUCCUAACCUCUCAGACAGGUCAUCCUCGACGUUUUCUAGUGCCGAUUCCACCAAGACAAUUCGCCCCUUGAUUACGGAUGUGGCUCCCGUGCGGUCUCGAGCAACUACUCCGGUCUCAGAAACUCUGCUCGCAUCCAGCGUCAACGGUAUUUUCGGGGGAGCUGGACGUCGUCUAGGAUGGGGUUGGCAGAGCCCUGAUCGGCAAAGCCAACGAUCUCCAUCCACCGAUCGAGCAUCUAUAGAUGGAGAUGCCCAUUCUGGCCCCGUCGUUGCAGUCAGUACGGCGUCUGCUACAGGCCUCGUCCAAUCUCCCGACUUAGCCCGGGGUCCGUCUUCGACCUCUUUAUCAUCUUUGGCAAGCCAUGACGUCCCAACACGAGCAAAUACCUCAUCUCACCACCGAUCCCGCUUCCACCAACAGUUGCAUGAUGCUCCAGCCGAGUCGUUCCAUGUAGCCCGCGAGACACUUCUACGACAACGGAUGCAGCAUCAAGAUCGAAGUCAUCACGCACAGGGAGCCGCUUCGUGGUUCAAGGAGUCGACUGAACGCGGCCGCGGCGGCUCCUUACCCGCUCGAGGCACACUCUCCUCUAUAGACACCGAAUGGCAUCAAAUAGGCAUGGAACAAAACUAUUUGUUCAAGCAUCCGAUAGGAGAGCCAAUUACUUCACCUCCAUCAGCACUGACCAUGUCCUCAUCGGAUGAACUCACCAGUGGAAUGUCUCAUUCUGCCUCGCACCCGAGUAUUCCAUCAGUAAUAUCGGGCGCCUCUUCUCUCUCCGCUGAUGGAUUCUAUACCUACAAAGCAGAGCGAGAGAAGGAGUUUGAUGCUUUCGGACACAUACCGCCCCUUCUUCGCACUAGAGAAACAGUCACAGCUCGGAAAACGUCAUCUGACAGAACCCAUGACGACGAGUGUAAGUACGACUGUGAUGAUGAGGAUGAAGACGAAGACGAUGAGUCAGAGGAUGAAGGGAUUGUUUUUGGGAAACGAAAUUCGUGCCCGUUCAAUAAAUCGAAGAGGAUUGGAUGA